CGAUGCGGGCCUCUUUUUCCUGUUUGGCUGCUGCUUUCUUGGCCCCUCUUGUAUCUGGUCAGUUUGUAGCUCAGCCUACAGAUCUCAAGACUGUCAAAGGGCCUGCAGGAGUCACCGUCCGAUUUAAACAAGUUCCCAACGGGAUUUGCGAGACGAAUGACAAGGUGAAGAGCUUCGCGGGCUAUGUGGACGUUAGCCCAACUCAGCACAUGUACUUUUACCUGUUCGAAGCGAGACAGAAUGCAGCCGCAGCUCCCAUGACGGUCAGGCUGGAUGGAGGACCUGGGGCGUCGUCCAUGAAUGGACUCUUCGGCGAAAUCGGCCCCUGCACGAUCAAUGCCAAGGGAAAGGUGGUCGACAACCCGUUAUCCUGGUCAGGCGUGAGCAACUUGCUCUUUGUCGACCAGCCAGCAACCGUCGGUUUUUCAUACACCACUCUAGUCAACGGCACUGUAAAUCCCAAGACGGCCGAGAUCAUACCCCAGCAGUGUACGUUGGCAGACCCGCGAUGCGGGACCUACUCGUCAAUGGACAUCUCCCUCACACCAAACUCGACGACCGAAGCCGCAAAGGUGUUCUACCAGGUAAUGCAGGGAAUUAUGGGCGCCUUUCCACAGUACACAUCCAACGGAGUGCAUAUCACCGGCCAGUCCUACGGUGGCCACUAUGCGCCUAUUUUUGCCAGCUACAUCACCCAGCAAAACCAGCUGAAAGCACCUGGCACUCUCCCGAUCCCCCUCAAAUCCAUUUCCAUUGAAGACGGGUUUAUGGACACCCGAGUGCAGUUUGGUGCAUAUUACAACUACUCAGUGUCCCCGGGCAACCCUUACGACAUAAAGCCCUUUAACGAUACUCUCCAGCAACAGCUCUUUACCAAUAUGUUCGGUCCCGGCGGGUGUCAGGAUCGACAGACAGCCUGCAACAGCAAGCCAGCUGACAAGAUCUGCGCAGAUGCCGACGCUUUCUGUGUUGACAAGGUUGAAGAUUUCUGGGACAUCAACGCGCGCCGCGCCGAAAACGAUAUCCGGUACUUGCUGCCAUAUCCGUUCCCGGCACCAUUUUUCAUCGCGUACCUCAACAGAGCCGACAUACAAGCAGCUAUCGGGGCUUCGAACAACUUUACCCAGGCGUCGGUGCAGACGUCCAUGGCCUUCAGCUCGACCGGCGACGACAGCCGCACAGGCGAACUCGUUACCAAGUCAAUGGCAAGUCUGCUUCAACAGGGCAUCACUGUCGCCCUCUUCACUGGCGACGCGGAUUACGACAGCAACAUGAUCGGCGCCCAAAUCGUUGCGGCGAACGUGGGUGCCGCCAACUGGGCCUCGGCCGGGUUUGUGAACUUGACGGCCAACAGCGACGGCCAGAUCCCUGGCGAGGUAAAGCAAGCCGACGGCUUCUCGUUCACAAGGCUCUUCUUUGCGGGUCACUUGUCUGCCUUCAACCAGCCAGAGGCCGCGCUUAGAAUCCAAGAGCGCGUCAUCAAAGGUGUCGACAUCGCCACAGGCAUGACGUCAAUGGCGUUUGGAAAGAACUUGAUUACAAAAGGGCCCUUGGAGAGCACGUUCAAGGAGGGCUCGGCAACGGUCCAGACGCAAGUCGUGCCAAAGGGCGCUACCUAUGAUCCGCACACGCAUCUCCCUGUGCUUCCAAAGCUGGCUGCAGAGCAAGAACUAGAGGUCCAUCCCCUAGUAGGCUUAACAGCAAAGAACAUUAGGAAGAUGUUAAGAGAGGAUAGUUCUGCAACCUAUCUAGACACUGUGGUUUAGUUAAAG